AAGAGGACCAUAUAACCCGGGAUAAAGAAGGACUAAAGUCGGGUAAAACAGGACAUAUACCCGGGGGGAAAGUGUGAGAAAACUCGGGAGUAAAGAGGACAUAUAACCCAGGUUCAAAAGUGAAUCUAACCCGGGAUAAAGGGAGAGAAGACACGGGAUAAAGAGGACAUCAAGUCGGGAUAAGGAGCGUUUAUACCCCGGGAUAAAGAGCCUUUCUAACCCGGGUUAAAGCGGACCGCAGCGCCAUGUGAGCGCAGUGUUUGGAUCUUUACAUCUACAGAAACUCAGAGAAAGUUUCCUCUUCUUCUUCUCUCGGAAAAUGAGCAUCUGUUUCUUCCGCCUCCUCGCUCUCUUCGUGGCUGCCGCGUCACUGCGCACCGUUGACGCGUCACUGCGCGCCGCUUCUGCCGCGUCGCUGGACAGCUGCGCGUCGUGCGGCGUCGACGCGGCAGCGGUGCGCAGUGACGCGGCAGAAGCGGCGUUGCUGCGCGGAGACUUUCUGGAGGCGGUGAAGCGGCACAUCCUCACGCGCCUGCAGAUGCGCGAGAGACCCAACAUAACGCACCCGGUGUCGCGCGCUGCCAUGGUGACGGCGCUGCGCAAGCUGCACGCGGGGAAGGUGCGCGAGGACGGCCGCGUGGAGAUCCCCAACCUGGACGGGCACGCGAUGAGCAACGAGGUGCACGAGGACUCCGAGAUCAUCAGCUUCGCGGAGAGAGACGACACGUUGACCUCCAAGACCAGCCUGUUCUUCUUGAUCUCCAGCGAGGGGAACCAGAACCUCUUCGUGACGCAGGCCGUCCUCUGGCUCUACUUCAAGCUGCUUCCUUCUCCUCUGGAAGUCCGUCCGCGGCGCAAAGUCACCGUGAAGGUUUACUUCCAGGAGCCGGGCCUCGGCAGCAAGUGGAACCUGGUGGAGAAACGCGUGGAUCUGAAGCGAAGCGGCUGGCACACCUUCGUGCUAACGGACGCCGUGCGGCUGGUGUUUCAAAAGGGCGAUCGGCGGCAGAAUCUGGACGUUCGCUGCGAGGGUUGCGAGUCCGAAGGCGUCGUUCCGCUUCUUCUCAACAACAACGACGAGUCGCAUCGCCCAUUCCUCGUGGUGCAGGCGCGUCAAACCGACAGCAAGCAUCGCAUCCGAAAACGAGGGCUCGAGUGCGACGAAAGCAGCGGUCUUUGUUGCCGACAGCAGUUCUACAUCGACUUCAGGCUCAUCGGAUGGAACGACUGGAUCAUCGCGCCCUCGGGGUACUUUGGGAACUACUGCGAGGGGAACUGUCCGGCGUACAUGGCGGGCGUUCCCGGGUCGGCGUCUUCUUUCCACACGGCCGUGGUGAAUCAGUACCGGAUGAGAGGCAUGAGUCCAGGGUCCAUGAACUCCUGCUGCAUCCCCACCAAGCUCAGCACCAUGUCCAUGCUCUACUUCGACGACGAGUACAACAUCGUGAAGAGAGACGUUCCCAACAUGAUCGUGGAGGAGUGCGGCUGCGCCUGAAAGAAGAAGAAGAACUUAUUAAUCCCUCACAGGGACA